AUGGCACUGUUUUCCGUCUGCGGCGGCGCGUGCCCCUUCUUCCUAGGCCUGGGCUUCGCCACGUGUUCCUGCUCGCUCUGCACGGGCCUCGUGCUCGUCACGUGCGGCGACAGCCUUUCCUCGCCUCCCAGCGCCGCUCCCGGCGCACCGCGUGAUAGCAAAUCGUACGCGACGCGCAAUUCCCUCAACGGAGCGUUCAUCGGAAGCAGCGCUGCAUUCUCCGCAGGCUCGUCGUUUGGAGGGGGCGACCUCGUUCUCUCAGAAGACAAGCCGUGGACAGCGGAUCAGUACGCGGCGUAUCUCGCGCGCGCUGCCCCGUCAACAAGUCGCAUGUCGCGGAUACCAAGCGAUCAUCAUCACUCCCACUCGCUACCUCGUGAGCGCGGGGAAUCUAAACAAGGCCAACAUACUGAACUAGACACACGAUACAGGUUACCCGCUUGUUAA